UGAAGUGUCUUUUUAUCGGGGGAAUCGCUGUGCUCGGCUAGCCUACCUGCUCCUGGAUGGACAGAACACACAUAGAGACAGACAGACAGAGAGACAGACAGGUGUGAAGUGUAGAGAGACAGAGAGAUAUGGCUGAAGUUCUGACGGUAGACGCCAUCCUCUUCGGACUGCUGGUCUUUUCAGGCAUUAUAGGAAAUAUUCUGGUUAUAUAUGUGGUGUUUCAGUGCGCUAAAGAAAGCAUCUCUCGUCACUUGGCGCCGUCCGACACCAUCCUGGUCAAUCUGUGUCUGGCGAACCUGUUGACGUCUGUUUUCCGUACGGUGCCUAUCUUCGUGUCUGAUCUAGGUAUGGAGGUGUCACUGUCGCUCAUCUGGUGUCGUGUCUUCAUGCUGCUGUGGGUGUGGUGGCGUGCGGUGGGUUGCUGGGUCACUCUUGCCCUCAGCGCGUUCCACUGCGCCACCUUGCGACGGCAGCACGUCACCAUGGGACCAAUGGGCCACCAGAGGGAGCGCCGGCGCGUCUGGGUGAUUCUGGGCAUCGUUUGGGGUGCUAAUCUGCUGUUCUCUCUCCCGGCAUUGGUGUACACGACCCACGUGCGUGGUAAUGCGACAGUGGAGCUCAUGGUUAUUAGUUGUACGACGCGGCCGCUGCUGGGCUGCAUUUGGGAGUUUCCCACUGAACAGCAGGGCUAUGCAUUCGCCUCAACUUCGCUUGCACUUAACGAGGUCAUGCCGCUGAUAUUAAUGGUGGCAACCAAUCUCGCAACCCUGCAUGCACUGGCUAAACACAUCCGGGCAGUCAUGGCAGGCGGCGGCGCUGGUUCGGGGGCAAACAGUGAGCUGGACAGACACAUGUCGAGCGAGAGGAAGGCUGGUCGUGUGAUCAUGGCGCUAGUCGCACUAUUUGUCAGCUGUUGGGUGUUGCAGGUUGCCGCAGUUACAUAUUACAACCACAACGGUGGGCGACAUGCGGAGGGACUGCUGACCGUCGCACAUUUCUCGGCUUCACUCUUUGUGGGGUUCAGCCCGCUGGUGGUGGCGUUUGGACACGGAAAACUGCGCCGGAAGAUCAGCAUGAUGCUGCAGUUGUGGGCGCACUGGAUCAAACGGCCGGAGGAAAAACACUCGGAAACCAGCAAACAGACAGCGACAACCCAGAAGGACUCGUCGGUAAUAAAAACAACACAGAGGGCAAAAAAGUGA